GCUUCCUCUCUUACCCUCUACCUCCAUUCCCUCCAGAAGGAAGAGGGGUUUGGAGGAGAUAAGAGGUGGUUGAUGAAAUGCUGCGGGAAGUAGGUUGGAUAAAUGGGGAGUGGUAUACUCUGUUUGAAUGGGGAAAGACCUAGGGGGAAGGAAGGAGGUGCAGUGUGUUUUGGUGCUGGUGAAGUGGGGCGAAAGAAGACUAGCCUUGGGAAGGAGAACAUUGGUGAGUAGCAUAGGGAGGUCAGAAAAAACGGAUAAGCCGAUGAAGAACUAGGGCCUUUGGACGUGAGGAGGACCCUUCGUAGUCAGCAUUUUUGAGAAGAGACGGAAGGCUUCCAUUUGGUGGACUUGUUAGAGACCAGCAACCAGCUUUUGGUUAGAUAAGAUCAGAGAGGAAGGGGAGUGGAAUAGAAAAUGGGAGGGGUAUGGCUUGAUGACCGUAGAAAUAAAGGGAGAAAUUAAAAGAGCAUUGUGAGAGAGUUGAGGGAGGAGACUGGGAAUGAAUUGGCAUUAGGGGAGAAGGCUUGUUGUUAGGGGCUCUGAAUUUGAGAUUAACAUGUCUUUUGAUCUUUGCAAUCUCCUCUCAGAAAUCUCCAGAGACCAAACCAGGUUUCUGCCUUCAUUCAGGCUCGACCUUACCACUUCAGCUGCCACCUCAUCCUGGAGGCACUCUGCCUCUUCCCCACCCGAAUGGUGCUACUUCCUGCUGCCCCAGGAUCCAGGCCUCCUCUGUCCCCUACCUCAGAGCUGGUGUUCCAAGUCUCUGCUAGUGGAAGGACCCUUACCAGGAAACAAGGACUUUUCCUUAGACGGUAUUUCUCUAAACUAAGAAACCUGUUUAUCAGUUUGAAUUUGACCGUCUAACCAUUGUUUUACCCUCUCUGAGGACCCGAGAGCUCUUGUCCUUAUACGUCCUUCAUCCUUUGAGGAGAAACUUCUCCCUAAUAGCUCUAGCUUGGGUCCCUGGUCCCAACAUGCUAGUCUGUUUUUGUGCAUAAGGCCUUGCCUGAUUCCUGGUUGGCAUGGCUGAGCCAAGACAGGUUCCAGGUGGUCGGGAGACUCCACAGGGGGAACUUCGGCCAGAGGUUGUUGAAGAUGAGGCCCCUAGGAGUCCAAGUCCAGAGGAGAUGAGAGGAGGAAGAAGCAGCAGUAGCAGUGAGACAAAGCUAUCUCCUAGAGAGGAGGAGGAACUGGAUCCUAGAAUACAGGAGGAACUAGAGCACCUAAACCAGGCCAGUGAGGAAAUCAAUCAAGUGGAGCUACAACUUGAUGAGGCCCGGACCACAUAUCGGAGGAUCUUGCAGGAGUCAGCUCGAAAACUUAAUACACAAGGUUCUCACUUGGGAAGUUGCAUUGAUAAGGCCCGGCCGUACUAUGAGGCACGGAGGCUGGCCAAAGAGGCUCAGCAGGAAACACAGAAGGCAGCCCUACGCUACGAACGGGCGGUGAGCAUGCACAAUGCUGCUCGAGAAAUGGUGUUUGUGGCAGAACAAGGUGUCAUGGCUGACAAGAACCGGCUUGAUCCCACGUGGCAGGAGAUGCUUAAUCAUGCCACUUGCAAGGUAAAUGAGGCAGAGGAGGAACGUCUUCGGGGAGAGAGGGAGCACCAGCGUGUGACCAGGCUGUGCCAACAGGCAGAGGCUCGAGUACAGGCCUUGCAAAAGACUCUUAGGCGGGUCAUUGGCAAGAGCCGUCCAUACUUUGAGCUUAAGGCCCAGUUUAACCAGAUAUUAGAGGAACACAAGGCCAAGGUGACUGGGCUGGAACAACAAGUAUCUCAGGCAAAGACACGCUACUCAGUUGCCCUGAGAAAUCUGGAGCAGAUCAGCGAGCAGAUCCAUGCCCGCCGCAGGGGUUUGCCUCAAGCUCCAGUUCACAGGCGCUCUUCCCCUGUGGGGGCUGAGGCUGGACCUGAGAGUGGAGAUAGUGGAGACAUCAGGGUUGAGGGGGCAGAGGGUGGGUAUCUGGAGGAGAGUGGGACCCUUGAACCUGGCCCUGCCCCUGAUACUUUGAGUCUCCUGAGCCUUCGCACUGUUGCCUCAGACCUACAGAAAUGUGAUUCAGUGGAGCACUUGAGGGGCCUCUCAGACCAUGCCAGCUUAGAUGGCCAGGAGCUAAGCCCUGAGGGUGGGGGAGAUCGAGGGAGUGGGGGUCGAGGUCGUCACCAACGAAGCAUCAGCUUAUAGCCUUCACUUUCCCAAAGAGCUGAAAGUGUCUCCCCUUUUUGUCCCUAUUCCUCUUCUCACUCAGGGGGCUCUUACAGACUCUGUUGUUGGUCUCCCUUUGAGUUCUCUAUUUUGAAAAGCCUCUUCCAUCUAUCUUCUCUGUCUCUUUGAUGCCCUUUUUUUUUUUCUCACUGUCUCUUCUUUCACUGUUGCAGGUUUCACUUCUGCCUUAUUCUGAGAGGCUGCUCUCACCCCUCCUUCUUAGCCUAGACCCCUCUAUCAUUCUCUGUCUCCUUUCCUCUUCAUGUUUUUCUUUAUACCUGAAUUUCUGUUCAUCUUUUACCAUUUUUGUCUGUCUCUCACUCCCUUUCUCCUUCCCCUCAGGGAAUUCAGUCCAGAAGGAACAGGAAGUUGACCCGGGAGGAGUGCUGUCCUUAGAGGCUUUAAGUUGCUCUUCUCUUUUUUUCCUACUCCCCCAGCCCAGUCCUACAGACACAUUCUCCACAGUCAUCCUUCUCCAUGUUGAGGUUCUCUUAAUAAGACUCCCAAUGCUGCCAGACCCUACUAGGGAUUCUUAGGGGUUUUGCCCUAUCCCAAACUUGCAACCCUACAUAUAAUAAAUUCGUUUACUCAAGAUGCCUUUCCCUUAAUUUUUAGUGAUUAUUUCAUAACUUUAAAAAAGUCAAGUAUUACAGGAUAAUGGGGGAGAAAUCUGAGAUUUCCAGUACUUAUCCUCCCUCCCCUGAUGCAUAUUAGCAGUGACACUCUAGGUUUCCAGUGAGUGGUCCAUAUAAAGAGUGCUCCUGUUACCAUAGAUAGCCUUUGGUGUUUCCCCAGCAGACUACUGAUUCAAGAUGAGGAGGUCCUAUGGAGUCUCUAAUGUGAUAGAUCAAUUUGGGAGGGCCUGAAGUGAGUUAUCCAAACUUUAAAAUAGAUGACUUCCCUCCACGCCCUUGCUGGUAGUGAUUCACCAUGUUUUAGCUGUGAAGUAUAAAGAUUGGUCCUCUUCCCCAGGAGCCCAACAUAGUCAAGGAUAGAAUUAUGAACUACUGUUCCUCAUUUUACCAUCUUUCUCACAUCAUGGGUAGGGAAAUUUGGGUACCAUUGGGGUUGGACCCAAGUCCUUUCUCCCCUUUCUCUCUUACCCUCUUCUGUAUAAAUUUCUACAUCCCUCUAGGAGUUUGUUGACUUGGCUGCUAUAUUACUGCCUUCCCUUCCCGCUCCCCAUCUCCCAUCUAUGGAAAAUGGAGAAUAAGUUGUGGCUCUGAAAGCACCUUAUCUCCAUGGAAAUCAGACACUAGGAGGUCAUCACACCUAUAGUACACAACGAUCCUCACACCCUCCAGGGGUGUGUGUGUUGGGGGGGUGCGGGGGUGGUGGUGGGGAGGUUAUUUCCCUCCUCCUACUAUCUACUAGAUUUGACCAGGGGCAUAGAGGAAUUCGUUUGCCUCUGCCCUCACCUAGCUUUGCCUCACCUCAUCUAUCUUCCAUGGGUACUGUUCUACCCCUAUCCACCCUUAUUAGCUCAUCUCUGCAUUUGUGUUUUUUGGGAGAAUGAAGGUUUACAUUUUAAACUCCUGUCCUGUCCCCCCAGGGCAGGGCAGAAUGGUCACAAUGAAAACCAUUGUGUUUGAGGUGACUUUUGAGUGGAGGUGGAAGGAAGAUGGGGAGUGUGUGUGAGAAUGGAGGGGCAGACUGAUAGGAUUUUAUUUAAAUAAAGAAUGCAACUGGAAUUUC